GGAAUAAAUACGUCCGAUUCGGCGCAAAAUGAGGAGGAAAGCAUCGUGUCGACAGUGGAAAUAUGUCGCGUUUGUCUUCUGGGUAAUCUGGUGAUGCGGGACUUGUUUCUAGAGAACGAGGUUUCUUCACUAUCGACAAAAGCGAUGAGUUUUGCAAACGUUAAGAUGGUACCUGGAGAUGGCUUGCCAACGCGCGUAUGUUGUAUAUGCGCGGAUAAACUUGAAUCUGCAUACGAAUUUAAACUACAGGUGGAACAAGCGGAUACAGUUCUAAGAGAAAAGUUCGUUACCAUGAAUAUGAAGGAAGAAUUAUUUUUUAACGAAGUCGAAGUACACCUGGAAGUAGGAGAAAGAAACGAGGACAUAGAACGAAUGCAUAUAGAAAAUCAUUAUCAGAAUGCUGUAGAAACAUUGGAAACGAUGUCUGGUGAUGAAAAGUCGUCUCUUCUAAAGGAUCAGUUGGCUUUGUUGCAAGUAGAAAAGUUGGCUGAACAGGAACAUGCAAUAACGGAACAACAUGACAAUUCAGUGAUGGAAGAAGUGAUCGCGUCGGAACAGAUGUUGGAGGAGUGUUCUAACAGAGAAGAACAAGAUGUUAAAGUUGCAGACAUUAUGACCAAGGACGAAUGUAUUCUGAAACACGAAACCAAUGAAAAUUGUAUCGACAAUAUUUCAACGGUAGAGCACGAUUAUAUAUUGCAACAAGAAUGUAUACUGGCAAAUGAUGGUCAACGAAAAGACCAAGAAGAAGACCGAGAAGAGCAACAACUAAUAUCGGAAGAAUCGUUCUCACGCGACGAUUGCGUGCAGUAUGUCAAUAUGUUGGUGAAAGCAGCCGAUGUGACCCACAGAGAAGAUGAAGAUCCGAAUAAAAUAGAGCAACCUGAUGAAGAGGACCCGAGAACAAAUGUCAAGGUCGAACAAGAUCAUCAAUGUCAAAGCGAAAUGAGAAGAAGCAAACGUAAGCUAGUUCAAAGGAACACCGAUACGGCACGAGACUCCGACGAGGAAAAUUAUUUUGAAAAUCUAAACUUAAGUUCACGACUGAAGAAAGCUGAGGACUCUGACAAAUCGGAAAGGAUCUUUUUCAUGUGUUACCUUUGCGACAAAGAGUUUUUGUCGAAAAACGUUUUGCGGGAACACAUGCACUCCCACGAAGAAGUCCGAAAAGCGUUAUCGUUGCGAAAGUCCAUCGAAAAACCAGAAAAAGAUGGUGAAAGAUGCAACCUCACGAAAUCGCCUCCAUCCGGUAAAAGAUCGAACAAAUGUCCCUAUUGCGGUAAACAAUACAUAUACAUAAUAUCCUUUAGUAAGCACUUGAAAAAACACGAGAAAGAGAAAGAAGAGUCGAAAGAGGAAUUAUUGCCGUUAGAAAUUUCGUUUCACGAAGACGAACAUAGUUUAGAUUUCGAAGAUUAUGUGGAUAAAGACAACUUGAAUUCCGAGUAUCGAAAAAGAGUCAGAAGAAGAGAAGGCGCGGCUGCAACAAAGUCGGAAAAGGAGGAAAGAAUUGCGAAGCAGGCGGAGGAAGAAGAGGAAACCCCUGACGAAGAGCAUGAGGAGCUAGAGAGAACCAGAAGCGAGGAGAAAGCGAAACAAACGGAAUAUGAGACGAACAGCGAAGGUAAAGAUCGAAUAUGUAAUCGAGACGAAAAUGGAGAACGAAAGAAACGCGAGGCACGUAUGGACACGUCUUUCGCAUGCGACAAGUGUCUAGAAAAAUUCUCUACUAGACGGGGUUUGCGGAAGCACACGAUUUCGCAUGUCGCUCUUAGAUGCAGCGUGUGCGAAGAAGAAUUUGACUCGUUGGAAAAACUGAGGAAUCACCGAACCAAGCACGUCGUGGAAGGUGUAUUGUCUGAACAAGAUUUGGAAGCGGGUACGGAGUUUUCGAUUGACAGGGAUGUAGAUGGUUAUCGGGAUUCCGAGGAUAAAUCUAAAGAGGAGGAGCAAGGAAAUUACGAAGUAGGAAGACGAAAAGGAAAGGACGGGGAACGAGAAAACGAGGCACAGUUGUCGGAGAACGCGUUGAAGAGACACUCUAGAAACACGGAGAUCCAUACGGAGGUCGAAUUCAGUUGCAAGCUAUGUUAUCAGCGAUACACGAGAAUGGAUUUGUUGCAGAGGCAUAUGGAGCAACACGAACGUGCGAAAAAUUACAAAUGUACAGAAUGCAAUAAAAUGUUCGGUAAUGAACUAACUUUACGAAAUCAUCUUAUAGCUACGAAUCACAAAACUUUUGUCCAAGGACAAGAGUACGAUCCUAACAAGCGGAUCAAACGAGUAGCUGCGAGAGCAGCUCAAAAGAUAAUCGAUAAAAUUAAGACGGAGGAUGGCUUGGAAGAUUACGAGGACGAAGAUGAACGAGAGGCAAAGAUAAUUGAGCGAAACACUACGGACGGAAAUUACGGACGAAACAAGCGCGAUGCUUCUACACAGAAGAAACAUAAUUGCACGAAGAAGGAGUUGGAAUGCGCGAGUUGCAAUAAAAAGUGUAGCUCGAAACAAUCGUUGGCAAAGCACAUGGAUCAACACGUGAAGGAAGAGAAAAUUAUCAAAUCGGAGAGGCCAAGGCAGGGCUCUUUCGGGGAUAAGAGGGACCGACAGAGAACCUGCGCGAACGAAGCAAUCGAAUCGAGCGAGGUCAACAAGGAUGAUGAUUACGAUUCGGAUUUCGAAAGCGGGUUGGAUUGGCCGAUGGAUAAUCACGAAUGUGUUAAGUGCAAAAAGCGGUACAGCACGAAGAAAUCGUUACUGCGUCAUCAACUGUUGCAUGAAGAACCGAAUUUCGAGUGCGAUAUUUGCAAUGUAAAAUUCUAUCGCAAGGACAAACUGAAAGCUCACUACGACAAAUGUUCGGAAAAGAACCCUGACCAGGUGAGAAAAUGCAACAUCUGUGGGGAUAGUUUCGAAAAUAACGAGAUAUUGCGAGAGCAUAGAUCAAAACACGUGACGGAAGGCAUUCUCACAGAAGAAGACUUGAGGGAUAUCGAACCACGACCGGAAGAGAAAAAGCCUGGGGAGAAGAUCGGUAGGAAAAGAAGGACCGAUAUAGUAGGAUUGGAGUGUACCGAGUGCAACAAACAGUACACCUCUAGGAAAGGACUUCUUCGCCACAUUCAGGUUCACGAAGGGAAGAAAUACCUCUGUGAUAUAUGCCCGAAAAAGUUUUACAGGAGAGAACAUUUGAAGAUACACGUGGCCAAGCACAAUAUGAUCAAACCAUACAAGUGUACACGCUGUACGAAACGUUUCAUUAAAGAAGAGCAACUGACCAAUCAUUUAUCGAAGCACGAUCGAACUUUUAAGAAGAACAAAGAAACCGACAGCUCCAAGAGAUUCCUCUGUGAAAUCUGCUCGAAAAGUUUCACCCAAUCGACAACGUUGAUCGCGCACCUUAGGGCUCACAAUGGUAUUAAACCGUACGUUUGCGAGGUUUGUUCUCGACCAUUUACGACCAACGCCUAUCUUAAAAUGCAUAUGAGAACUCAUACUCAAGAACGACCAUACAUUUGCCAGUACUGUUCGCGCGCUUUCGCCAGAGCCGAUACGCUCGCCAAUCACUUAACGUCACAUACCGGCGAGGCAAAGUAUCAUUGCAAGUACUGUCCCAAAAACUUUCGUCGUCUGAAAUCCCUGAAGGAGCACGUUUUCAUUCACACUGGACAGAGACCGUACGCCUGUCCAACCUGUGAUCGUCGUUUCAACAAUAACGGAAGUCGGUACGCUCAUAGCAAGAGAUGCAAACAAAAUUUUGUUCAGAAUCAGAAUCGUGGUCAAACGUUGGCGCAAGUACAGUCUGCUCAAAAUCAGCAAAGGAUACUGCACCAGCAAACCACGCUUGGACAGACACAACUGCUGAAAGCGCAGAACAUUAAAACUAUUACGAUCACUAGACAACCAGAUACCGUUACUGGUCAACACGUCACGCAGCACCAAGAGAUAAUAAUGCCCCUGAUCUUUCCUUUAACUGUCACUGUCGCCGAUAUCAGCGAAGAAGUUAUAUUACCGGAAGGAACCAAAUUGUUUACGACCACCUAAACUAGACAAGUUUCUCUGUGUCUUUUCAAGCGAUUCUUGCCUGACUACAUCGGCUGAAGUCUGGUGAUAGGUAGGUCGAUUUCUUCUCUCCCUCUCUCUCUUUCUGAUCGCUGAUCAUUUACGAUUUUCCUUGUAACACUGAACAUGUUUCUCACUACGAUAAUUAGGUGAGAAGUAGAGAGACAGAGAGGCGAGGGAAGAACAAUUAGUAAAAAAGAUGAAACAGACAGGGCGAAACAAGUAAUGAAAUAGCGAACCAUCGGAGAUGAUCUUUUUAAUUUUGUACUAUACGUUGUAUAUCUCUGUUUAUAUUGAAACAAGUUACAAAAACCAUAGAAUAUGUGGGGAUGAGAUGAUACAUAGUCUGAAAGAUUAAUAAGAGAAAAAGGAAGAUGGGAACAGUUGCUUUCUUUUGCUUUUAACAAGUACAAGAUUCACUAUUCGCAUCAAAUAUUCUAUUUUUUAAACGUAUCUCAUUAUUUCUGAACCGUUCUUUAUCUUUUCUGGUUCAUUUAGUUUCCAGCUAAUUCCAACAAAACAAUUACGUAGGAAUAUGUAUAGGUAAUUCGUAUUUGAAUACGUAAAUAAUUUAAAAUAAAUAAAUAAAUAAAUACAAGUAUACACAAACACAUACGCACGUGCGUAUAUACGUAUGCUUAUUGCCAGAACGGCAAAUGAUUGUAAAAGUUUCCUUUUUAGAAUUCAUCGUCUUCUUUUCACUUGAUGUGUUUUUCUUCUAGAUUCAGGCAACUUUCGAUGGAAGCGUUACGCGCACAAAUACCUCUCGGAAGGGUUGGACAUUCGCUAGCGAAGCAAUACAUUGUUGUUUUUCAACCGUACGUUGAAUAGUUCGUUUUAAUUUUAUUAUGACGCUAAACUUUAAUGUACAUACCGAUUGAUUUUUAAGAGAAUCAUUAUCCAAAGAUUGUAUCAUAAAUUGCACGACGAGUGUAACAUAAUUUUUUACGACGUAUGACUUUCGGUCGUUAAAUUCCAAUAAAAACGCGAUAUAAAAUUGUAUACAAAAUUUAUUGCAUCGGUAGUAACGCCAGAUAGGAAUGUACUCCCAGGAAUGACGUAUUGAAUAUUGCAAUCCAUAGAAAUGCAAAUGUAUUCGUUAUCUAUCAUCUUCGUACGCAUUUAUUCGAUCGAUUCGUUCCAUUCUUCAAAAUCCUACAGUUUUGUGUUCUUUUAUUUUGCUGUCAUUGUUAUUGUCAUUCUUACUUUAUGCGUGUAUACAUACAACUAUAUAAUACAAAAUACAUUAAUAAAUUGGCAAUAACCACGAUUAAAAGUGGUAGAUUAUGGUUUUACCACACAACAAGCCAAAUACUUGAAAAUUGACGUUCUUAAAACAUGGAUCAUGUUUUGUGAUUUAUUUGUACAUAAACGUAAAUACUGUGAAUAAAGCAUUUGUAGUGGUAUCAAAAUAUUUGUCACGUUUUUCGGUCCGUAUUUGAAGAUAGGAACGGUUUCGAUGAAAUGCAAUUUGUUCGAUUUGUAUUUCAUUAGGUUUUUAGCGAAUGUUUCAUUUUUUAUGCUUGAAAUUUUCAUGAAUGUGCGGACGCUUAACUGUCGAUUACCCACAAAACAUUUAUGCCUGAAGUACCUAAAUUUACACGACCCAACAUGCCGUUGUCUCGGGUCUUGACGAUGUAUAGGAACAACAAUAAUAUAUGAAACAAAUUGUUUCUACCCUGAAACCGAAUAGAAAAAGACGAUUAGGUUCUCAAAUGUUAUGCCCGCAUAUCAUGCGAUGUUAUCGUAAUAGUACCGUGAUCGCGAAAAAAACUACCCUCAUGCGAAAUUUAAUAAACAUAUUCACCCGUUGUA